GUUUUUAUAAAUUAUUUUCAGUCAAUUUUCAUAUUAGUUUUUAGUUUCAAUUUUUUUACAGUGUUAUUUGAAUACAUUUAGGUGUGUCCGUUAAAUUAUGCCUGAGUGUAUACCAUGCCCCGCGGCUGCGCCGUGCGCGGCGUCCGCCGGGAUAAAAUCUGGCCUGCGGGACGGGCAGCCUAUUGACGGGAAGCAGGAGAACCCAUGCCCCUGCAGGAGCUGCUGCUGCGGAAAACCACCUAUCGUUAAGCCAUGCUACAAACAACCCAAGAUCCCGGACUCGUACGCGCCCCGACGCUGCUACAUGAAGCCGACGGCGCCGGUGGAGGGCACCACCACGUACAACCUGUCGUACCUGCCGGUGGACGGCUGCAAGAACCUCAGGGGGGAGGCGAGGAAGCCCGCCCCCAAUCUGGUGCCGAGCUGUGAGCCUAUGGAGUCUUGUACUGUGCAGAAGUUGUCAUUCCUGCCAAACCCUGUCUGCGUGACGCAGCCGAUUCGCCCCUGCAACCACGACAUGUGGGGCCAGGGUCCCAUGCAGAACCUCACGACACAGCGUCACGACUACGUGCCCAAACCAUGCGUACUGCGGGAGAGCUUUAAGCCCCCAGCGAAGUUUCACUGCGUGGAACAGCCUUUCGAAAAUCGCACCGUCAACAAGCUAUCAUAUUUGCCGCCUGAGAAGAUAGAGCCGACGAAAUCCUACGCCCCAGAGCGGUGUUACGAAAAGCCGGCCGCCAAGAUGGACGGCUCGACCACGCACAAGAUGAGCUAUUUGCCCAACCAGAUUCUUCCUAAGGAACCUCUACCGUGGGCUUGCAAGGGACAGUACCAGAAGCCGUGCCAGAAACUGGAUGGCAACACUACUUACACAAUGAGCUUUCUAGACGCGGGCAGCGACUGCCGGCGGCGCGCCAUCAUUCCGGACAGCUGCACCAACCCCGUCACCGCCUCCAAGAGGUUCGAGACCCAGACCGUCUACAAGGGCAGCUACCUCCCCGCCAAAGCGCCGAUACCGCAGCCGGUGAAGCCUAUGCCCAACCUGGUGCCGUCCACCGCUCAGAUGGAGGGCGAUACUGUGCACAAGCUGUCCUUCCUGCCGAACCCGGUCUGCGUGACGCAGCCGAUCCGGCCGUGCCACCACGACAUGUGGGGCCAGGGUCCCAUGCAGAACCUCACGACACAGCGUCACGACUACGUGCCCAAACCCUGCGCCCUUCGGGAGAGCUUCAAACCGCCAGCCAAGUUCCAUUGCCUUGAACAGCCGUUUGAGAAUCGCACCGUGAACAGAAUGUCGUACAUAAACCCUGGACGGCAGCCGCCACCAGCGUCCUUCGCACCCAGCAGAUGUUACGAGAAACCUGCUGCAAAAAUGGAGUGUGCGACGACGCAGAAGAUGUCGUACCAGCCGGUGUGCGCGCCGGCGCCGCAGCGGCCGCCGUGGGCCUGCAAGGGGCAGUACCAGAAGCCCUGCCAGAGGCUGGAAGGCACCACGGUCUACCGCUCUUCGUUCCUGCCGCCCGGUGAAGACUGCACGGAGUACAUGGACCCCUGCUCUUAUGGGGAUUGCAAACCUUGUGACUGCAUCUGCCCAGCCGAAUGCAUCGCGACGGAUCCGUGCGCUUGUAACUUCCCGAAAGCGGAGUGUUGCAGUUAGCGGCCAUUUUGAAGCCGUUCCAAAUUCAAAAGUGGAAAUGUCGACAAGAUGGCGUCUGAUUUGUCUCGCGUCGCCAGCAAUGUGCCUGCGGACUGGACUUUAAAUCCCAGUGAAAGGCGGUUAUUUUUAUAUUUUGUUGAUUUUAUUUUAUAAAUUGUGAUUUAUUUAGAAAUCGACAGUACCUUAGAAUACGUUGC